AUCACGAACGGCGAGCGCAGCCUUGAAGUCCUGGCAAGGUGAUAUCGACGGUUGGCAACCGACUGCAGCUCUUCUGUCCUCCAUUUCGUCUUGCUGUUGCCAGAAAUAAGCCCGUAGAUUUCGCAGUAAUCGCUUGAGAGCGCCCUGUGCAAAAAGAGUCGCGGUUGCAGAUGGAAUAUACGAAUGCAGCCUGGCUGCAGACCCAAAUCGCGGACUUGCAGACGGUCCAUGACGAAAGGACGUCUGCGACGCCGGAUGACUGGAAGGAGCAGGCUGCCAGCGUGCAGGGUGGUAUCAACGACCUGCUCGGAGACAUCCAGGUAUCGAAUACUUCCACCGCAUCCACACACUCCCCGGGUCCUACUUUCUUUCUCCCUUAUCCCCUCCAGCUCCUCAGCACAACCUCUCCCUUCAACUCUGCCCCGUUCGGCGCCAGCCAAUGGCAAGCUUCCUCGUCGCAGCAGGUGCCCGUCUCGAGCUAUUCUUCUUUGAAUGGCGCAACAGCAGCCUCGUCGCAUCUGCAGUCGCAGGGACAUUCUGUUGGAGCUAUGGUCAUUGACCCCGCGCUGACGACCAUGAAUGGGUCCUCCGGCAGUCCUCCCCAGCAAUUCCAGCAGCCAUCCUUCAUGUCCUCACAACCUCAGUCUCGCAUGCAGUUCUCUUAUCAACAACAAGCGCAUUCCUCUCCAUUAUCCAUUAAUCCCUCAUACGUCCACGCGAAUGCCUCACAUUACCAGCAACCCCAACAGCAGCAUUCCAUUUCGCUUUCUCGCAAUCACUCGCAUUCCCCCUCGCAACAACAGCAACAACAACAGCAACAAGGAACCCUCUCGCCAUUUGUCCUACACUCCCCGACGAGCGGUUUCUACGCCGGUAUCCCUCCUUCGUCCUUUUACGGCCAAUCCCUGCAGCCUCAAGCAGGUCCCUCAUCCACACCACAACCUCCUCCGCAACCCUCCCAGCCCGCCCAACCUCCUCCCUCAUCUGCAUCACCCCCCGCGCCCAAUAAGCCCUCGCCUGAACAGCGAAGAGCCAAACUGGCACAGGACGUGAAGCCAUUUAUUCAGCCGACCUCAUUUACAGGAGCAGGCGCGGUCAAUCAGCUAGUCAACAUUCUUGACGAUUACGGCAUUCCAGAGGUUGAAGCUUCGUUACGUCUCGAGAUACUGACCAAGAUCAGGGACAACGCUGGCAACCAUUACUUCCGCGCUUGGGUCGACAACACAGUCGCCCUCGACAUCAUCCGCGAAUGGCUUAAGCUGGCGUUUCAGGGAAGGAACGAGCCCCAAUUGCUCGAGACGAUCAUGCCUAUACUGCACAUCAUUGAUCGCCUACCAUUGACCGUCGACAAGCUCAAGACAGCCAAGCUUGGGAAGUUGAUCAUGCGACUCGUCAAAGAGCCUCCCACUCCGGCGAUCAAGGACAUGGCAGCGAACCUGGAAAAGAAAUGGCGAAAAUUGCUCGCACAAGAGGUGUCCGACAAGAUGGACACGGAAAACCCAGAGGACAAGAACAAGAAACGGCGAGCAGAGGGCAUACCAGCGAAGGGUGCGCCCCCUGUGAAGAAGGCCGCCGUCCCUGGCGCGACUGCCUCGACGCCUAAGGCCAUCCCUGUCAAGAAGGAGGCGAAACCGGUAGUCAAGGACGCGAAGUCCGACUCGUCGUUCUUCUCCAAGCCAAAGGUAACCAAGAAGGAGCUGCCCAGUUUCAAGAAGAACGCGCCUGCAGCUCCUGCCCCUGUCAAGAAGGAGUCCGACCAGAACAUUGCACAACCGUCGUCAUUCAACCCCUUCGAAGAAGUGCUCAAGUCGUAUGGAUCGGCAGGGGCAUCCGCGACGCCGCCUCCUUCGGUACCGUCGCCCGCUCCGGGGCCUUCAACCACAGUCGCCUCUGUCACGGCUCCGUCGGGAUUGACCAGAAAGGGCAAACUCAAGAGAUCGGUUACUUGGGCUCCCGAUGGGCAGCUCGAGCAGAUCAGGCUUAUUGAGCGCGCGGUGUACGACGAUGACCCUGCCACUGGCUCGCAUCCGGCACAUAACAUUCGCGAUCUUGACCGUGACGAGGGCGCCGCGCUUCAUGCGGUACUAUUCGACGAACAGAUCGAAUGGGCGGAGCCACAACCACUUGAGCUCCCUCCGGAAAUCCAAAUUCCUCCACGAGGCAACGACAGCCAAGAGCGUGCUGCGCAAGAAGAACGAGAGCAGAACGCGCUGCUUGUACUGUACCCCUCGCCGACACAGAUUCCCGACAGCCCCGCGGAGCCGUUGACCCAGAUCGCGGAAGAUCAUGUUGACGAGGGGAUGGUCCUCAUGUUGACCGGUCCGGAAGUAGAUGCUGUGCUUUGGAAUGCCUCUCCCCCGCCUUCGACGCCAUCGGCCGUUGCGGACCUCGUAGCGCAGCUCGCGUCGGGUUCAGGCGGCGACGUCUUGAUGGGUGAUAGCGGACAGGCUGCUGCAGCCGUGUCGAACAUGUAUACAAACGGGGACGGGUUCGACGCAGAGAAGCUAAAGCAUCUCAUGGCACAGCUCCAGCAAUCCAAUCCGCUCGCUACGCUCUCUGCAGGCGGUCUUGCGCCGUCGCAGCCUCAGCAGGGCGACUCGGCGCAGGGCUGGAACCCUGGGAAUCAAUACUCAGAUUACGAUCGGGGCUACCACGAAAACGGCGCCGGACGCGGCGGCGGAGAUCCGAGCCGGCGAUGGAACGAUGACGGUCCUUGGGGAUCGGCGCCGGGAGGCCCGGGCCCUGCGGCCAGCGAGCGCGGCUUCCGGGGUCGCGGCCGGGGAGGGCCGCGAGGAAUGGGCCGGGGCCGGGGAGACGGACAUAGAAAUACGAAACGAAAACCAUGCAGUUUCUUUUUGGCAGGAAGAUGCCGAUAUGGGGAUCAGUGCGAUUUCAGCCACGAAGCGCUCCCGUAUUGACCGGUGCCAUACCUUGGACUAGUUGUCGACUUAUCGCCGGCGUCGCAUCCCCGAAUUUCUUUACAUCCAGAUCGCAAUCAUAUCAGCAAUACUUCCUCGCAUUCGCAAGCAACUCCUCACUACCUGCAUAGUUACCACGUGUAUCUCAUACUAAUAUGUCUUGUUCAUUCUAUACGCCGUAGACAUAUGCAUC